GCUAGAAGUAACAUUAACUGUAAUUACAGCUCUUCGAGAUAUAAUUCUGCACGAUAUAAAUUUUUAUUUCCAAAGUAGCGUGUUAUCGAUGAAAGAACCUCUGAUAGAGGCACAUUGCUCCACGUAGAGUUAGUUCCCAGAAAAACAAAGAAACGUCAAAUGUAGAUGUGAGAACUGGUUUUUCGAAUAUAUUGUCUUUUGGUUUUCUUGAGUUCCUAUCGUUUGAAAGUGAUAUAAAUGAAUAAUUAAUAUUAUUAGUUCAGUUUAAAUAACAGUAAUUACACCUCGAAAUGGAUGAGAGUUUUCCUCUUAAGGAAGAAAAUCCCAGAGAAAAAGCUUCAUUCAUUUCUAAACUCUGUUUUCUUUGGACGACAAACUGUAUCUUGAAAUGUAAUAAAAAUGAUAUUAAAUUAGAAGAGAUAUACAAAUGUUCGGAAUCGUAUCUUUCGAAUCAAAUCGGAAAUUAUCUGGAAGAAAAAUGGAGAGAGGAAUUCAGGACUCGCAGGAAGAAAGAACUUAGACCCAGUUUACUGAAAAUAAUCAUUAAAACAUUUUAUCCAGAAUAUAUUCCAUUGGCUGCAACAGCUUUCCUGAACUAUGUAGUCAUCAAAGGCUUGCAGCCCUUCAUAUUGUCGAACCUGAUCCGCUUAUUUAUAAACAAGAAUUAUACAGCAGUUGAAAUGCUCACAUAUGCUGGAAGUUUAUGUCUUCUAAUGCUGAUUUCUUCAUUUCUUCUCCACUAUACAGUAUGUGGAAGUAAUUUGCUUGGCAUGAAGAUCAGAAUAGCAGUUUCUACUUUGGUGUACAGAAAAGUGCUGAGAUUGAAUCAAUACUCUUUAUCAAAGUCAUCUUCUGGUCAGGUGAUCAAUUUACUCUCAAAUGAUGUUGCAAGGUUUGAGAUUGCCAUUAAAGCAAUGCACUUCCUCUGGAUAACUCCAAUACAGCUCACAGUAAUUAUAUUUGUCAUUUGGAGUCUUUUUGGUUUGGGGGCGCUUGUUGGUAUUGCCACCCUGAUUGUUUUAAUGAUUCCACUUCAAGGUAUUCUUGGCCACCUGACAGGUGUUUAUAGAGUUAAAGCUGCCGAAAAAACCGAUUCAAGAGUAAAACUAACCAGUGAAAUAUUGUCUGGAAUGGCUGUUAUCAAAAUGUACACAUGGGAAAAACCAUUCGAGCAAAUUGUAGGAAAAAUACGUGAAGUAGAACUAAAAUACAUUCGUGCAAGUUCCUACAUCAAAGGAAUUUUGGCAUGCAUCAUGUUUGUAACGGAAAAACUUGGCCUUUGCGUCACAGUCGUCUGUUAUUCUCUGCUUGGUUUUCCUGUGUCUACAGAUGUAGUAUUUUCAGUAUCGGUUUGUUUUCGUAUUUUGCAAUUUUCCCUUGGAACAAUGCUUCCAUCUGCAGUUAUUAUUGGUUCUGAAGUACUAGUAUCAGUGAGACGUCUGGAGGACUUUUUGAUGCUGGAAGAGAUACAAUCAGUAGCUCAAAUUGCUCCAGCAGUAGCUGAGGUUGGUAUGGUCCAGCUGAAACUUGUGAGCGCACAUUGGAAGGAGAAGAUAACAGCUCUAGAUAAUGUUUCCAUGUCCAUUUCCCCAGGUGAGGUUAAUAUAAUUCAACAGUCUCAAAAAUAAGUUUGAAUUUUAGUCUGUCACAAAAUUUGUUAUAAAUUAUCAAAGUACACACUCGAAUCCAUAAGAAUUCAUGCAUAUACAGGUUCAUGAGGUUUGUUCAAACUUAAAUAAAUUAUAACCUAAAUGAUUCGAUUAUUCACUCUUGUAGGAAAUGUUUGUGCUGUUGUUGGUCCAGUUGGCUCUGGAAAGUCUACUCUGCUUAAGCUUUUGCUCGGAGAAAUUCAAAUAUCUAGUGGAACUUUCACAGUAGGCGGAACAACCUCAUUCUCAUCACAAAAACCUUGGUUAUUCUCUUCUACAAUUCGAAAAAAUAUAAUUUUCGGUCAGGAUUUCAACGAAAACCGGUAUAAGAGAGUUCUCGAGGUAUGCGGCCUCACUCAAGAAGUUGAACAGUUUCAAGAUGGUGACCAAACAAUCGUUGGCAAUAGAGGAGUUUCUUUGAGCGGAGGACAAAGAGCGAGAAUAAAUUUGGCCAGAGCUGUUUAUAAGGAAGCUGAUAUAUAUCUUUUAGACGACGUGUUGUCUGCUCUUGAUCCAAAAAUUGGAAAAUACGUUUUCCAAGAAUGCAUACUGAAAUUUCUGAGUGGAAAAACUAGAGUCCUAGUGACACACCAAUUGCAUUAUUUGAAAGAAGUUGGGCACAUAGUUAUUUUGAAGAAGGGUUCAAUUGAAAAUCAAGGACAAUUCACUGAGCUUUUCGAGAAAAAGUUGGAACCGUACCUGUUAGAAGCAAACAUCGAAGAAAACAACGACCGAAAAAAAUCUUUCAACGAGAAAAAUGGGCAAUUGGUUAUGCAGAAAAGUACUAGUGAGGAAAAGAACUCAUCCAUGACAGAUAUUGAUGAUGUGAACAACCUUAAAGGCUCGGUAAUCUUGAAAUAUAUAAAUUUAUCUGGUGGUUCCUCCAAUAUAAUACUACUUUUCAUACUUUUAUUGAUUUCUCAACUAUCACUGAAUUUAUCCGAUUAUUGGAUAACGCUCUGGUCGGAGGAAGAGUAUAUUCGACAUUUAUAUAAGCCGACAUCCAACUCAAACUCUUCUUACUCAAAUAAGGCUGUAGGAAUGAAAACCAAAAAAAUAUUUUUUCUACCAGUUAACAAUUCCAUUUUUAGUCACUGGACGGAAACAGUUUUCGUAGACUUAAAGCAAUAUACCAUGAUAAAACCAUCAGUGAUGAGAACUAUCUACAUAAUGAUUAUCUUAUUGGCAAUAUUUCUCAUGCUGUGCAGAUCGUCAUUAUUCUUUUAUCUAUGUACUAGAGCAUCACAAAAGUUACAUAAUAAGAUGUUCUCGAGUAUCCUAGAGACUUCGAUGGCAUUCUUUUAUACAACUCCACCUGGCAAUACGUUGAAUAGGCUAUCCAAGGACAUGGGAGCUGCAGAUGAGCAGUUUCCAAAGACUCUUCUCAAUUUUUUGGGGUCACUGCCGGUUAUUUUUGGUUCUAUGUUACUUAUUGUAAUCUCCAAUAGUCUUAUGAUAAUCUUAGUCAUACCGCUGGUACUGAUAUUAAUUAAGAUAAGAAAAUGGUUCCUUAAAACAGUCAGAAUUUUGCGAAGAUACGAAACAGCUGUUAAAUCUCCUGUUUUUUCCUACGUGGCCUCCUCAAUGGAAGGAGUUACUACAAUAAGGUCUAAUAAAUGUGAAGAACUUCUUAUACCACAGUUUGAUCGACAUCAGGACUUGCAUAGUGCCACAUCCUUUAUGGCUAUUUCUUGUACUUCAUCAUUUGGCCUCUGGAUAGAUCUACUUUGUGUAUCAUUUGUAUGCUUUGUUGUAUUGUUUUUCAUCAUUUUAGAUAGAUAUAUCUACAUAAGUGGAAGCUUCAUAGGCCUUGCAAUCUUCCACUCAAUGACCAUGGUUGGAUUAUUUCAGUCCUGCAUAAGAACUAUGUCAGAAACUGUGAACUAUCUAACCAAUAUUGAUAGGAUAUUCGAUUACACACAACUAAAGAAAGAAGAAGCACUACAGCCAAACGACGGCAUUGUUCCUCGUUUAUGGCCUUGUCGCGGAGAUAUUGAAUUCAAAAAUUUAAGUUUGAAAUACAUUGGUGAUGAUAGAUCGAUUUUGCAGAAUAUAAACAUAACAAUAUACGAUUCAGAGAAGAUUGGCAUUGUUGGCAGAACUGGAGCUGGAAAAUCCUCUUUAAUCGCAGCUUUAUUUCGAUUAUCCCCUUUAGAAGGAGAUAUAUUUAUAGAUGAAGUCAAUAUACAGGAUAUAGAACUCAAGAAGUUGAGAAAAGAGAUAGCUAUAAUCCCACAAGAUCCUGUUUUGUUUUCAGCUUCAGUGAGAUUCAAUCUCGAUCCAGAAUACCUUUAUCCAGAUGAAAGGAUUUGGAAGAUUCUUGCUGAAGUAGAGCUCGAUAAAAUAAUACCAUCUUUAGAUUUUCAAUUGACAGGGGGAGGUGAUAACAUGAGCCUUGGGCAAAGACAGUUACUUUGUUUAGCUAGGGCUAUACUUAGGGAGAACAAAAUUUUAAUAUUGGAUGAAGCUACAGCGAAUAUCGAUAUUAAGACUGACGAACUCAUCCAGAAAACGAUAAAAAGAAAAUUUCACAACGCUACUGUACUAACAGUGGCGCACAGAUUGAACUCUGUCAUGACUUCUGAUAGGGUCUUGGUCCUGGAUGGGGGUAAAGUUGUAGAAUUUGAUCAUCCAUCCGUCCUACUGCAGAAGAAGAAUGGCUACUUCAGAAGGCUAGCCGAAGAGGCUGGUCCUGACGUUGCAGAUUCAAAUGAAAAAUUUAGUUCUAAAGAUUUGAUGAAGCGAAGAAGCUGAAGUUAGAAAAUGAGAUAUUUUCUUUAGACUUUAAUGAUUAAUACAUGGAUAUAAAUUUGAAAAUAUAUAUUUCUUCGUUUUUA